GCGUUGUGCCCUGUGGUGGUUUGAUCACGGAUGUCAUCACCCUGAGUUGCACACCAUCGCCAUUCGUGUGAUGCACUUGUGGACGUCCACCUCUCCUGCGGAGAGGAACUAGGCGCAGCACGACCGCAUGAACACGGCGAGGCGCCACAAGCUUGGCUUUGCCAAGCUUUCACAGCUGGUUGAGAUUGCCACCAAUCUCAAACUGGCCGGAUGCGCACAGCAGGGUAGUGGCUACGUGUUGCCCUGGUUUAUGGGGACCGGUCAGGAGGAGACCGCGGGAGGGCAGGAGGACGACGAGGGGGACGUGGACCCCGAGGUGUGGGGAGCGCGACCUGCUGGCAGUUUCAGCGAGCACGACAUCGAGCGCCAGGUCGUCGCUUUCCAUGCUUGUCGACCGUCCACAGCCGACCCGGUUCAGGACGUGUUCGACAAGAGGGCGGUGGAGCUACGACCGUGGCCGGAGCAGACGUCGGACGCUGAUGCGGACGGCGACACGUCGGACGACGAGUGGACGGACGAUGACGACGCUCCCGUCAGCGGCGACGUGACGACGGAGCGGGUCUAUUUCACGUACGGCGGAGGACCUGACGACAUGACUCCACACACAUCCGUCAUCACUGACGAUGUGCCGUCCGGUGGUCAGGCCAGUGGCACCGGCAGAACCAGUGGUCGUCGUCGACGACGACCACAUGCCGACGAGCACGAGAUCGAGAGGACUCCAUCCGGAGCCGGUGUCCGCUACCGCUCGCCGUCCGAGCUGCGCACCAACGACUUCUACGUCGGCGGCUCUGGUGGGGGUUUGGGGGAUCUCAGUGCCCCGAGACAGAGGGGUGCCUCGCUGUCGGACGUGGCCCUCGACGAUUCUGAUGUGCGGGGCCAUGUAGAGACCGAGGAGGAGCGGCAUACCCGACUGGACAGAGAGGAGGAGGAGCGGCUACAGACUUUGCCGGGAUGGGAUGGUCGUUUCGCGUAUAUGGAGGAGCAGCGCCGACGGAGGGAGUUGGAGACAGGGGGGGUUGGCGGCGGUGACGGAGGCGACAUGGGUUUUGGUGGGGAGGCUGAUGCGGGGGCGGCCCGACAGGGUGUGCCCACGGGUGUUGAGCGAGAUGGUGUACCCACGGGUGUUGAGGGAGAUGGUGGCGGCGAGGACGAGGACGAGGACGAGGAGGGGUCCGACCAUGGAGAUGACCACGAUGACGACGGCGGCGACGGCGACGACGACGACGGCGGCGACCACGGCAACGGUGGCAACGACGGCGACCACGACGACUACGACGACGACCACGGCGACAACGACGGCGACGACGGCGAUGACGGCAACGACGGCGACGACGGCGACCACGACGGCGACCACGACGAUGAGGGUAGGCUGGCUUUGGUCUUGAGGGACCCAUCAGUGCCUACACCUCUCACAUGGCCCGAGGCCUUCGCUCAGGCUGGUUUUGAUGCCGAGGAGUUGGCGCGACUCGGUUCACAUGACCCUUUUGCCCACACGGGCCGCAGGAGCGACGAGAGGCGCCCUCCUGGAGGGGCGUAUUCGCCUCCGCCGUACAUCGUGGAUAGCCCUACAUGGUCAGGUUCUUCGCUCAGCGGCAUUAGAGGGAGGGAGUCCAGGCCGGUUGAAGGCGGUUCGGGCCGCCUCAGUGACGGCGGCGGAUCUGCCGGAUCGAUGCCUCUGCCACCCGCACGGAGCACAGAGGGCGGCGCCGACGCGACUACCGCCCAUGCGCCCGUUGUCGGUUCCCCGCCGCCUGUUGCAGGUGGUGUUGCCGGUGGAUGGGCAGCUCAUCGUCGGGUCUUGGACCAGAUGAGGGCGGAUUACGACGCUGGGAGGGGCGCCUUCGCAGGACGUUUGUCACCUCGGUUUCAGGUUGCGCCCAGCAGCGAAGGUGGCUUCGAACGUCCGAGUGUUCACAUGGUCGGCCGCAUGCUCGGUUUGUCUCGAUCAGCGACGAGGAGAGUUUUGAUCCCACCGCCGAUUCCGGCCCGAGGGACAGCUGCGGACAUGCAGCAGGGUCAGCACUACACAUCUGGCAUGGAGGGGUUGCUGAUGUGGAGUGGAAGUAGUCGACACAGCAUCGUCACGGAGGUUAAGGCUCACCUUGCAGUAGAGAUCGCCGCCGGCCAAGCUGCAUUGGAUGCGAUUCAGAGGCAGCGACAGACGAUUGUUGCAGCAGAGGCUGAGGACGAGGACGCAGACACAGAGUCCGAGCCGAUCUACAUUGCAUUCCGCAGAAAUAGAGCGUCCAUGUCCGCGGCAGCCGCGGUAGCACAGGCGACAUACAUCAGCGGUGCGAAGGGCACGGGUGGUGGAGGGGGUCUGAGAGGAGCGCGUGGUCGACAGUCCACCAGGAGAGGCCGCGGGCGUCCUUCCGGAGGGCAGAGGAUCUGGACCUUUCGUAGGGAGAGGGAGGCGUUAGCAAUUGCGGGUGCAGGCGCCGGAACAUGGUCUUGGGGACCAGUUCCCACGACCGACAGCCCGUGUGGUGGCGGAUCGGCUUUGGAGUGGUCGUCACAAUUCCUGCCUAUAGCCGCUUCGGCAGAGUAACCCGUUCGAGGUGAUUGGGCUCGCCACAGUAAUUUGGCGAUACGAACCAUCGAUCUGCAGGACUAGCGGGGUCGAUCGGCUGUCUGAAGGCUCGUGACCAGCUUGACACGCGCUGAUGGGCCCGGGGCUAACAAAUGGUGCAAUAGAGA